AUGCCAAAUCGAAAGGAGCGACAGGAUAACCGGUUACCACCGAAAGCUGAGAGCUCUGAGCAGUCAAGAGCCCGAGUUCGGAUUGGAAGGGCUUGCGAUCGUUGUAAAAUCAAAAAGUCGAAGUGCGAUGGCAACGUCCCUUGCGCUGGUUGUGUCGCAAGCGAUAGUACUUGCGAAUAUAGCGCCCGGAGACGAAGAGAAGCAAGGGACUGGUACUGGGGUAUGCAUGAUGUUAUGGACGAGGCUUUGCAGAGGCUCUAUUGGGCAUGCAGAGAGGGUCGUGGAUUUCCUGGUGUCAUCCCCGAUGAGAGCAGCGGCCGCGUCUCUACCGAUGCGAUUCUCCGUGGUCUAGGUCUCGAUCCUCCGGCUGUAGAACGUGUAGGGCCUAUCAAAAGCCAGUCAGAGUCUGUGUUGGACGGCAUCAAUACGCUAGGGCAGCCAUCAUAUCGACCUCCAGACGUACCACCCGGGCUCGCAACGCGCCGUCCCAGAGAAUCAUCCGAUCAUGGGCCGCUUUCACCCCUAGGUCAAAACGAUAUGGUGGACGGGGUCGACAUUUUGGAUGAGAGGGACGGAGUCGAUGGAGCCGAUGGAGCGUCGGAUUCGGACGAAAUGGGCUCGAUGUCCCAAGGGAUGGGGGACGAGCAUCAAACCGGUGGGGUCCCUUCAGUCAUCAGUCAGAGAUUCCAAACAUCUCCUAAUGUUCCUCUUGAUCCUUCUAUCCUCAUGGGCGGCAACGUUGCAAUGGUGAAUUUGCAAUCUCCAGUGUACAGUCAGAUGGCGCCAAUGGGUUUUCAGAGCACGGCUGCUCUGAGAGGACACACCGGGCAAGCACAAAUGCAGACGACACAACAACCACAACAUGCUGGUAUGCACUUUGCAUCACGAAGCCAGCCAGGGUGGACGGCCGAGCGUACAGCGGUGGAGGAGCCGGACACAUUACCGUGGCCGGGUAAUCUUGCAGCUGUGUAUAAGGACACAAAACCUCCACAUGGUGGCAGCGGCUUUCACCCACCCAGUCAUAAGAGAUGA